AUGCUUCCUAGCGCUCCACUAAGCAGACCGCUGUUCUUGCUUCGUACACUGACAGCUCGUAGGACCCUUGAAUCCACUAUCCGACGAUUCACCUGUGGCGCUCCUGAUGCGCCAAAAACCGCCGCCUCCAUGACCGAAGCAGUCGAGGAACGUGACUCUCCCAAGCUAGAGCAAUUUAGGCCGGAUCUUAAUCCACGGCCGCCAACACCGCCUCCAUUUGUUCAUUAUGAACGACCGUCAGAAAACCAUGCAUCUAAAUAUGUACGCAAAGAGGCCUUCUCUUCCUCAAUCAGGGGACCUACUAUCGGAUUCUCCCAGGCCAAUGCUGCGCUCCUCCGCCACAUCGCCCCAGACAGACCUGAGCUUGUGAGUUCUGAAAUAGAGAUUCAUUCUAAUGUAGACUCACCCAGGGACGAUCCGUCCUUGAAGCUUCCAGGAAUAAUAUCGGAACACCAAAUCAAACCGGAAUCUACAAAGCCUGAUCUCAAAACAAAAGCAGUAGAGGUACUAAAUUAUUUAAACUACCUGCCAGACGCAUCCUGUGAAGCAUUGCCGCCGUCCUCCAGAGACAGACAUCAACCCCCGCCACUGAAAGAUCUCCUCGACGACAGAAUUGAACACAGAGCUCCUUCUCACAAUCAUCUGGAAAAUGAGCCUCCCAAGUCCUCGGAUUUGCGAAAAUUUUUAAUCACCGAUCCGGAAAGUAAGGACUCCUUACCAGCUCUGCGUCCACCAGACGAUCUCAACACGAGGCUACCGCCGAUUCAGACUCAACUCGGCCAACUCGCACCUGGCGCACCGCAAACGACUACUGAUCCCUUGAGCAUUCUUCUGACUGGCUCAUACUCACUUCCUCCGGUCACGGCUGCUUCUUCACCACCCUUGGCAAGGACGGAAACUGCUUCUUGGGAACCACAACGGGCUUUAGCCCCUCCAAAGAUCCCGGCCAGUCCAUAUUCACAUCUGUCGCCUGUAAGCUCCCAAGACAUUUCUGCUGUAUCCUCCCCCGUAUCACACCCAAACUACUGGCGCGGCACUCCGAAGCCCAACGUACGUUACCUUUAUGACCCUCCAUCAACUGCUUCUGCUCCGGCCACCAACUACCCAACCCCAACCGAUCAGGCUCCUGGGAGUUGCGAAUCGCCAUAUGCUCCUACUCCGCAUGGAAACGGGGCCCCAACAUCCACAGGGACAUUCAAAUGCCACCAUCCGGGGUGUACGGCCCCUCCAUUUCAAACUCAGUAUUUGUUAAACUCGCACGCCAAUGUGCACUCGCAGGAUCGCCCCCACUUCUGUCCCAUUGAAGGGUGUUCUCGUGGUCCGGGUGGUAAAGGAUUCAAGCGUAAAAAUGAGAUGAUUCGACAUGGCCUUGUUCAUAACUCUCCGGGAUACGUAUGUCCAUUUUGCCCAGAUCAACAACACAAAUAUCCCCGACCCGAUAAUCUCCAGCGGCACGUGAGGGUCCAUCACGUGGACAAGCACAAAGAUGAUCUAGCUCUCAGAGAAGUUCUUGCCCAAAGACCCGAAGGCAGUGCGCGAGGACGCCGCCGCCGGAUCAAUCCGCAAUAG